AUGGGUUUGUCUACUAGUACAAUUGCAACCAACCCUGGUAUGGUCACCAGAACAGAGUUGAUAGGAAAGUUUCGCCAGGAUCUUGUACGCAAUGACAAGUUACGUAUCUUUCUUACAGUUGAUAAGGAUAAACAAUGGAUAACAGAACAUGAAUUUGCAGAAUACCUUCGGCUUCUGUCCAAAGUAAAUCCCAGAAUAUUAAAGCUCCUAUAUAGCGCAACCAGCAUUCUUGGAGGAUUCCCCUUUCUUGCAAAGUCAGAACAGUUAUCUAGACCAGAGUUAUGGAUCGCUUGCCAGAUCCAUUGUGGAGACCAUGGAUUGUUUGAUUUACAGGAAUAUGCCAAAUUGGUAUUCCAAUCAUUUGCAUUGGCUUCCAAUCUGACUGAUGAUAUAAAGCAAUCAUUGGAAAAGACUAUUCAAGAACCAAAUGAAAAAAAUGCUCCAGAAUGUAUUGAAUCAGAUGAAAAGGAUGUAAGUGCUAUAAUAUCCAGAGAGAGGGGUGAGAGUACUUACAAGUUACCUGAAAAUGCCAGAUGGGAAAGCUACCUUGAGCCGUUGGAAAAGCAAGUCAUGAGAGCUUCAGAUAUGUUACUACUAACAACUCUCUUCUUGAUAGUUAGUGCAAAUGAACCACUUGAUAAGCUCAAUGCACAAGUGUGGAAUACUUAUGAACAAUAUGCCAUGCUGCUAGUACGAUAUGUGGAUGUACAAAUAAAUGCAAAGAAUAUUAAUGAUUAUUGGAUAAACCAAGAUCAAUUCAUUUCCCUCCAACACUUCUUUGGUCUGGUAUUGAAAAAAUUAUUCAAACCUUUAAUUUUGAAGGUACAAGCCAAAGCUGAUUCUGUAAUUGACUGCACUAUACGACAUGCUUUAACUGAGGAAACAACAUUGGUUAAUAACUCCUCUUUUGCAUACAUGAGUCACGCUCUUUCCGGAAUAAUUGAUGUGAAUUAUGAUAAUAUGAUCAAACUAUAUUGCGGUGCUGAAUCUGGCUUUUCUAUUCGGUCUUUGGAAAUGAAGAUCUUUAAAUGGCGUGCUCCAACAAUAUUCAUUAUUGAGGGAAAGAGAAUAUCUGAAAAGGCACAGAAGAGUAACAAAAGGUAUAUUAAUUUUGCCGAACGCUUUCCCUACAAGUUAUCCACAAAGGACUGGCAAAAGAAUGGUGAAACUAUUUGUUACGCAGUAGUGAUGAGAUCGCCGUGGACAGUCUCCAAUAAGAGCAAUUUUGGGGAUAGUGCAACUACAAUUGUUUCCUUAUCCCCAAGAUUUGAUGUUUAUAAGGCUAAAAGGUCUGCCAAUGUAUAUUUCAACACUUUAGGAAUGGGAAUUGGGUUUGGAAAUGAUCAACCAGUUAUUAAGAAUAGUGUUAAAAAAUAUAUUGCUGGUGGCGUUUCAUUGACUCUUGAUUCUACACUUGAAUUUGGCGUUUUUAGACACUUGCUGGGAUCCAAUUCCUUCUUUGAAACCUCUAAUAUAUUACACGAGGAUUUUGAAGACCGACUUAUUAUAACGGAUGUUGAAGUUUGGGGGGUAGGAACAUCGAAAGAACUUCAGGAACAAAAGAGACAGUGGGCAUGGGAGAAGAAAGUAGCUGAAGAGCGACAAAGUGUGAAUAUUCGAAAUAUGGGGGAAGAAAGAGCUUUCUUGGAAAUGGCAGGUGUAAUCGGUAACCAUGGUAGUAAUGGUGGAUCAGUAUAG